AUGGGGUUUAACAUUGGAUCAGUUCUUAUAAUGGCAGGAAUGGUAUCAUGCCUUAUCUCUGUUGCGCAUGCUGCGCAAGGAAUUGCCGUUUUCUAUGGGCCUCGUUAUACUCCCUCCAAGUGCUAUGGGAAUACGAACAGCGGAGUUAUGGUUGCUGGGGUGAGUGAUGCCCUGUGGAAUGGUGGAGCAGCAUGCGGAAGAAAAUACAGAGUGUCAUGCAUACGAGGUGCAAAUCAAGCUCCAAAACCUUGCAGACAAGGUAGUGUCGUAGUCACAGUUGUCGAUUAUUGUAGAAGAGGAUGUACUGGAGACAUCAAUCUUUCAAAAGAUGCUUUCUCCCGAAUUGCUGAUCCCAAUGCUGGCAAAGUUUUUGUUCAAUACGACCGGGUUUGA